AUGGCCGCCCGCGUGGCUAGGGGCGGCGACAAGCCGUCCCUAGCGGCCUCCAAGGUGCUGGCUGCGAUUCGGGAGGCCACCGGGGCCUCCGAUGAAGACAUCGCGGCUAUGCUCGCCUUGUGCGGAGGCGACGCGAACGAGGCUACAGAAAAGCUUCUCACGAACCCCUUCGAGCGGGUCAAGACCAAGCAAGAGAAGCGGCGAGAGGCUGAGGAGGCCAGACGCAAGGAGGCCGAAGCCGCCCGCAAGCUCGAGGCCGCGCGGCGCGCGGCGCAGAGCACUGCGAGCGCGGGCCGUGGCGGCUACCGGGACGACUUCGGACGAGGCAAAGCUGGCACCGGCUGCCGCCGCGGCGCCCGCCUCUCAGCAGCAGCAGCAGAUUGA